AUGGGGUAUGCGAUUGCUAAUCGGUAUAAUGUAAUCCUCGUGUGCUUGUCAUCAGUUCAGAAUUUGACUAUAUUCCCACUUCGUACAUCCCCACCUAUUUCGCAAAGUCAACAUCGACUAAUUUGUAUUGGACAUGUUUACAAUUCUCAUUUUGUGCAGGUUCGUCUACAAGAAGGCUGUCCAUUACCGACAGUGGAUAUCAUAUCAUCUAGCAAUUGUUACCCAAAGGCAAAAGGGUGGGCAUCAUUUUAUAGAGAUAGGAUGCAAGCAUUCCUAGAUUUACACAUAGUGGAUCGUAGUUAUGUAGAUCUCAUGGAAGACUGA